AUGUUCUUUUUAUUAAAUUCCACACUGGUUUUGACUGCUUUUUUCUCCACCUGCUCGGAAAUGGUACUACAAAACUUUUCAAUUUUUCCAGAACUCAUCACAGAGGCUAUGUCAUCCACGGAAAAGGCUGGCGAUCAGCCGAUUCCUUUGGCACAACGAAUUUUAGCACUGCAGAUGAAAAACAGGAAGAAACUGCAUAUGUACGAGGCUAGCCGAACGUCACAAAGCGAAGGAAAUAAGGAGAACAGCCUGUUAUCGACCUCGAUCACUGCCCGUCAGAAUAAGACUGCACCUCCUGGCCAAAUGUUCGAUAUGAGCAAGAUCAACGACAGUCUAGCAAGUGCACCUCACAAUAAAAGUAGUAGCUUGUCUUCUGGAAGGGAUGCGAUUUAUACGCCCUCGCAAAAAGCCAGACGACCGCCUGUACCAACACCAACGUCUAGGCAGCUCUCAUCAAUUUCUGAACGACAUGCUGAAAAAGAGCACAGCGGAAAUCGAUCACGAGCAUUGGAAUGUGACAAUCGGUUUGCGAUGGAUGCGCAAGUAAAAUCUAGGAGCAAAAGUGUGGGUUCGAAGGAGUCUCGAGCGCAUGGUGAUGCCAUCCCGCAGUCAGCUGGUGGAAUGCGCCCAUCACUUUCUACAUCGUCCUUACAAAACAAAUAUAUCUCUAUAAAUAAUCACAGCUAUAUAUGGUUGAGCUUACUUGGAAAAGGUGGCAGUAGUCGUGUAUAUGAAGUGUUUGACGACUCACGAGGCGAAGUCUGCGCAUUGAAAAGUAGUGGACCUGGGAGACGACCUUCAGUACGCCAAUGUUACUUGAAUGAAAUUGAGCUGUUGAAGAGCCUCCAAGGCAGCCCUUAUGUUAUCAAAAUGCUUGAAUACGAACUACGUGAAGAGGAGAACACUUUAUAUGUGGUUAUGGAGAAAGGUGACGUUGACUUGGCGACUUUCUUGAAAACGAGACGCACAGAAAUUGAUUCGUCGUUCAUCAAAUAUCACUGGAAUGAAAUGCUCCGUUGUGUGAAAGUCAUACAUGACAGAAAGAUCGUCCACUCAGAUUUGAAACCAGCAAACUUUCUGCUUGUAAAGGGAACUGUUAAGUUGAUUGAUUUCGGAAUUGCUGCAGGAAUCCCAAAUGAUAUGACUGCCGCUGUAAAAGAGAGCCAAAUGGGCACGUUAAGUUACAUGGCACCGGAAAUUUUGCUAGGAGGAAACGGUGAUGGAAAGGUCAAGCUCCCGCUGAAGGCAGACGUUUGGUCGUUAGGAUGUAUACUUUACAAUAUUGUCUACGGCAGGCUUCCUUUUACAAUGAAAAGCCAAACUGCUAAGGUUAGUCCCUUCUCGCUGUGA